UCGAUACGCUCGCUAAUCUUUGAGUAACUACAACGUUUGAGUAACUUUAACCUCAAGAGAUAGACUUUCAAGACAGCGUAGAUCAAAAUAUUACAAAAGGUGACUAAUUUAACGUCAGCUUGAUAUUUGUGGAGCAUACAUAUUGUUGGCUUGUUUAAUUAAUCGUCAGCAUUGGAGACCCCUCAGCACCGGAGGAGGGAAACAUGGCAGCUGGGAAGAUGUGCUUCAGGAAGAGCAAGGAGGAAACUGCCGAGUGGACUGGAUUGUUCCUAAAGGACCUGAAAACCCAGCAGGAGUCCCUUGUCUUCGUCAAGAGGAUGAUGGCUGUGGCAGUCUCCUCCAUCACCUACCUCAGGGGGAUUUUUCCAGAGGACGCCUACAGAUCCAGAUAUCUGGAAGAUUUGUGCAUCAAAGUUUUGCGUGAGGACUGCAACACCCCUGGUGCCAGCAAAGUUGUUAAAUGGAUGAUGGGCUGCUUUGAUGCGUUAGAGAAGCAGUAUCUCCAGAUUGUAUUCAUUGGGGUGUACACCAAUCCGGAUGAACCAAAUUGCAUUAUUGAGUCCUACCAGUUCAAAUUCAAAUACACUGAGAAGGGACCAGAGAUGGACAUAUUCAGGAACAACAAUGUGGAGAUGAAGGUGUCAUUGGAGGACACCAAGAGAGCCUCGGUGCUGCUCAUCAGGAAGCUGUUCCUUCUUAUGCAGAACCUGGACGUCCUCCCCAACAACGUGUACCUCACCAUGAAGCUCUACUAUUAUGACGACAUCACCCCAGCUGACUACCAACCGCCAGGCUUCAAGGAGGGCGAAUGUGACAGCCUCUGGUUUGAAGGCAUGGCUGUGCACUUCAAGGUGGGUGAGGUGCAGACGGCAUUUCACACCUUGAGAGUACGUGUGUCAGCGGAGCAAGGCCGGCUGGAGAAGCUUCAAGAAGGAAACCACCUGAGGGAGACCAAGCAAGUUCCUCAGAGCAAUCCUCCAGAGAGGGAAACGAUCAAGGAUCCUCGUAAGACAACAUACGACGAAGAUGAUCUACCUUCCGAGGAUGAGUCUGCACAGUUCAAGAAACCUAAAAGACCCACGGCAAAGAGAAAUGCAGCUGCCAAAAAUCUGUCAAGGAGGAAAAGAAGAGUUUAGCCAAAACAUUACACAAAACAAAAGCUCUGACAGAAAUGUGAACACAAACAUAAAA